GAAAGAGAGAGAGAGAGAGAGAGAGAGAGAGAGGGAGAGAGAAAAGAUGAGAGAUUGUAUACGUGUACUCAUGUGUACGUGUGUGUAGGAGUACUGAAAAAUUUGUAUGGAAGAAGAGAAGUUGGACUUUUACUUUGUGGAAAAGCGCUGUUGGAAGAGAAAAACAACAUAUUAUCAAUGAUGUCGAAGGACACUCCUGAUUUAACUGCUGAACAAAUAGCUGAAUUUAAGGAAGCUUUUUCCCUUUUCGAUAAAGAUGGGGACGGUACUAUUACAACGAAAGAACUUGGAACUGUAAUGAGAUCACUAGGUCAAAAUCCAACGGAAAGCGAGCUGAAAGAUAUGAUAAAUGAAGUGGAUACAGAUGGGAAUGGUACACUAGAUUUUCCAGAAUUCUUAGAAAUGAUGGCUAGAAAAAUGGGUGAUAGAGAUUCUGAGGAAGAGAUCAGAGAAGCCUUUAAAGUAUUUGAUAAAGAUAAUAAUGGGGUUAUAUCUGCAGCAGAAUUGCGUCACGUAAUGACCAAUCUAGGUGAAACUUUAACCGACGAAGAGGUUGAUGAAAUGAUAAGGGAAGCAGACGUUAACGGUGAUGGUCAAAUCAACUAUGAAGAAUUCGUUAUGAUGAUGAUGAAUAAGUAG